AUGAUCAGGUCGUUGCUCUAUUUCAAUCUGUGCUUCGUUGUGCUCGGCCACAGUUACCCCUGCAGCAACGAGUCCGCUCUAAAUGUGCACAAGAGGCCGAUCUACGAGUUCUCGCUGCGGAUCCUGGACAGGGUUUCCCAACAGACCGGCGGCCACUUCGUGUUCUCGCCGACGUCUUCGUGGAUGCAGCUGACGACGUUGGCGGAGGGCGCUCGUGGCGGCACCUGGGCGGAGAUAUGGAAGGUCACCGGCCAACAGAGGAAGCGGUGCUUCCGUCAGAAAAUGCGCUCCAUUUUCAACCUCAUGAGCGACGAGCUGAAACUGCUCAGUAGACGCUGCAGCGUCCUCGCCGUGGACAGGCUCUAUAACGUGAAAGACCCGUUCAGGCAGGAGGCGGAGAGACUCGACGGAGUGCGAGUUCUGUCUUUGGAUUUCGGCCAUCCGGAGAGUGCGGCCGCCGAGACGAACGACGUGAUAGACUCCUACAUGGACGGCGCGAUCACCGAGGCCGUGUAUCCGGACGAUUUUAAGCUGGCAGUGAUGCUGUUGACGGACACAACGUACUUCAGGAGCGACUGGAAGUAUCCCUUCAAUAGGGCUUACACGACGCCCCAGCCUUUCUACUCGGAGCAAGGUAUAAAGGUGGGCGAGGUGAACAUGAUGAGCCAGGUCGCGUACUUUCACUUGGCGGAGGUGCCUUUGCUGAAUGCAAAAGUGCUAGAGAUCCCUUGCAGCGCGGACGAAAGGGUGUCCAUGCUGGUGUUCGUACCCACGUAUGGGUUAGUGUCCGAUAUAUUCUACUCUUUGACCGCCGUGAGGCUGGCGACGGUGUUCAACAUGUACAAACAGCUCGGUCUGCGUUUGGUGAACGUGAAGCUGCCCAGGUUCAAGAUUAUAACGGAGAUGGACACCCUACCCGAGCUGGUGUACGACAUGGGGGCGAAGGGGAUAUUCUACCCGCACCUGGCGGACCUGAGCGGGAUAAGCGACUACGGUGUCCACGCGUCCCUCAUGUCGCAAAUCGCGGACAUCGAAGUGAUAGAGGAGGGUGUCACCGCGCGAUCUUUCGCCGAAUUCCUGGUUUCCGAUAACGAAACCGUCGAUUUCACCGCCGACCGGCCCUUCGCCUUCAUGAUAGUCGAUAGAAAGACCGAGUUGAUAUUGUUCGCUGGCAGUUAUAAUGCACCCGCUCUAUAC